CAUCUUCUUUAGUCAUAAAUUUAAAACCAAAACAAACAAAAAGGAAAAAUUACUCAUUUUUCUCUCAGCUUUUUUGUUCAUUUCGCGCAAAACUUACAUAUCAAACAAAUCUUUUGGGGAUAAUCUUAUUAACUUAUAGAUCGACGAAAAUGGCAUUGGGGAAGAAGAGAAUCGUCACCCAGAAGUCGAAUUUGAAGCACCGUCGAGAUGUUGGUGAUGGAGGAGGGUUAGGGUUAGAGUUAGAGUUCGUACAGUACAAGAGAGGAUUUGGGAGAAAGAGGAUUCUGAUAUCGUCGGGUGAUGAUGAUGAGAUUGUUGGCGAUUCGGUUUUUACUUCACCUGUUGGGAGAAGCUCGUUUAAGAAGCUCUGUGAUAAAGCUUCUUCUGUUGGAGAUUGUCAAAUUCGAGAACUUGAAGAUCUUCCACAAGAUAUUCUGGUGAGGAUUAUCUGUGGGGUUGAGCAUGAAGACUUGAAACAACUGUUUCAGGUUUCCAAGACAAUCAAAGAAGCUACAUCAAUCGCAAAGGAGUUACAUUUCGCGUAUAGUACACCUCGAAAAGCCUCGUCUUUCAACCUUGGUGGAUUCGGUUGGGACAAACGGUUUGAUGCAGAGAAUGAUGAUGAAGAGAUUGAAGCUCCAGGAGCUCCACUGCAGAAAAGGUACCGCCUUUCGAGGAUAAACCGUAACGAGGACGAUUCUGGAGUCUCGGUGGCUCUGUUCAACUGAGUCAAACAACUUUGUUUGAGGCUUAUUUAUACUAUCAACUUUGUUUCUUCAAGAUCCUUAAUUGAAGAAGAGGGUUUUAAGUUAUGUUUUUUUUUUUUUUUUUUGUUCUUUUUGGUUUGGAUAGGUCUCUGUAAAUUGUUGUCUAGAUACAAAGAGAGAGAUAGGGUUUUGGAAAGGCUUAGCUAGUUGUUUAGAAAGGUCACAAGAAACUCUUUGGGAGGGUUCUAAAUCUUUUUGUAUGUGUUUGUGCAGUGUGAAUAUAGAGUUUAUUUGGUCUUUACAAAGUGAAUUUAUAAUAAGAAAUGAAUGUUUGUUUCAUUUA